AAAUCCAAACUUUUGUUCCAGGGAAAGGAGUGUGUGCGUUGGCAUUGACAAUGGGAUAAAGGGAAUCUCGCGUAUUUUCUUCUAUCCGCGUCUCUGUUCUGUUCUCUUUGUUUGUUCUCUAGGAAAAUAGAAAAUAGGGUGGUGGAGAGAAAACGCAGCCAAGCCAAGAGAUAUUUUUCUCUGUCUCGACUACAUUAGAGGGUGGGAAGGGAGAGAUGUCCGCUGCCGCAGGGUUAGCCACCGGGAGGCUCUUGCUGCUAUCUACUGCCGCCACCGCCGUCACGAACCCUGCUUCUUCUCUCUUCACUGCUUCGGCAUCUCCAGAAUUUCACUCCAAAUCGCUGCGAGCGGCGAACCCUAAUUUCCGCUACUCGCAUCCGCGGAGGAGGCCCCCCUUCAUUCUCAAGCCGGCGUGGCUUUGUGGAAGUAAGAGAAGAGGCCAAGAAGAUAAUGAUGCUAUUGCUUCUGGAGCUGAGGAGGAGAAUGUGGUUGCCAGGUUUGGUUCUGAUGAAGAAAGUGGCAUCCGAAUUCCUACCCAAGCGCAGUCCCUUGUUGAAGGUUCUACUACAGUUAUGAUGUCAGAGCCUAAACCUGUCCCUGAUGUAGACUAUCUACAGGAGCUGCUAGCCAUUCAACAACAAGGUCCUAGAUCUAUCGGUUUCUUUGGAACGAGGAAUAUGGGCUUCUUGCAUCAGGAACUCAUUGAGAUUCUGAGUUAUGCUUUAGUUAUAACAAAGAACCAUAUAUACACCUCAGGUGCCUCUGGCACUAAUGCUGCUGUUAUUCGAGGGGCGUUGAGAGCAGAGAAACCAGAAUUGCUCACAGUGAUUCUCCCACAGAGUUUGAAAAAGCAACCGCCAGAAAGCCAGGAACUGCUUGAAAAGGUACAAAACGUGAUCGAAAAGCCUUACAAUGAUCAUCUGUCGUUGGCCGAAGCUAGCAGGCUGUGCAAUAUGGACAUAAUCUCGCAAGUACAGCAAGUGAUUUGCUUUGCAUUUCACGAUAGCCGGUUGCUAAUGGAGACCUGCGAAGAGGCCAAGAGCAUGAGGAAAAUAGUGACUCUGUUUUACCUGGACUGAAGAAGCAAAGUUUGUAAGAUUUAUAGCUGCCUACGCAUUCGAGGUUUCGAUAGAGAUGAAGAAAGGGUCAUGGAUAUUCUUUUUGGUCUGUAAAUUAGGUCAUUGAGGGGGAUAGAUUUAGAUUGAACAUUUGAAUACUGGAAGCUAAUUUGUAAGAUGAUGGGGAGGCACUUGUUUUUCUUAAGUUCACCGAAUUGAAAAUUUGAAACGAUUUUGGCAUUCAAGGGUGAUUUAUAUGCCAAAUAGCACUCAUGUAGAUCUGGGACAGGAUGAUAUCUCAGUAGCCUUGUGGUGUAUUCGAGGAAAAUAUUUUUACAGGAGCUGUUGUGGUCACCUGAAUUCGUUGGCCAUGUUUCGGCCGACACUGCUGCUGCUAGAAUACAGUCGGCUAAUUCCGGCGAGUACCACAAGGAAGACGAGACAGAGGAAUAGACUAAAAAUCUUUGCUUUGAUUUGGUGAUGGUUUGUCGGAUAUCUUUGCCGACAAUACAGUGGCCAUUUUUGU